AUGGCGGCCUCGGUAAUGUCCUCUUUGUCGUUGAAGCCUUCCCCCGUGGUGGGGAGAUCUCCGGCGAAGGGCCUCCCCUCGCUGGCCAGGCCUGCCUCCGCCCUCAGGGUGCAGGCCAGCGGCGGGAAGAAGAUCAAGACCAACACUCCAUACGGUAAUCUCAGAUCCGCCUGAUUCGUUGCAUCCGAGUUCUGGCGGUGUUCUUCGCAUCGGAACAGCACUCGAUCUGGCUUGCCCCGACGGUAUCGGAGGUUCUGAUGUAUCCAUUGCUCCGCGUUGAAACUCCUGAUUGCAGGCACCGGCGGCGGGCUCGACUACAAGGAGGGCGUCGAUGCUUCGGGGAGGAAGGCCAAGGUGAGGAUCCCGCUCCGCGGCUGGUUCAGCAGAAGCUCUCUGGCUACCGAUCUCAAUCUCUGGAUCUGAAUCGUUCGCAGGGAAAGGGAGUUUACCAGUUCGUCGACAAGUACGGCGCCAACGUCGACGGAUACAGGUAGGAGCACAGAUCCGUGAUUCUUCGAACCUUCUGGAGUGGGAAUAGUUGAGCAAAUUCAUGUCCAAGAUUGUUGGAAUUCGACCUGAUUGUGGUUGUACUUUGCAGCCCGAUCUACUCUCCGGAGGAGUGGUCUCCGUCUGGCGACGUCUACGUCGGAGGUGAGCGGUCAUGGCGAGGCUGAAGCUGCUUGCGCCUCCCAGUCAUCUUUCUUGGCCUUUCAAUUGCUCACAUGGGUGGUUUCUUCCGGCGACGUGUGCAGGGACGACGGGGCUUCUGAUCUGGGCGGUGACGCUCGCCGGGCUGCUGGCGGGCGGCGCGCUCCUCGUCUACAACACCAGCGCUCUGGCUCAGUAG